UUUGCGUGCUUUUGCGUUAACGGGCUGUUUAGUUUCAACUCUAACCUACUCGACUUCCAUGCCCACAAGUGGGCCAUGCAUGACAGUCUCAGCCAUUCCAACCAGUUGAAAGGCAAACUCUGCUCAUGGUCGCCCGACCAUGCGUGAUAUCUGUGGGGUCUUCUUCCUCUUCCACGAGCAUGGCAGAGCAAGGCAAACUGGUGGAGGGACAUCUCGCCAUCCUCACAUGCGAACGGGCGGGCGCGAGCGAAGGGGAAGGGAAGGGAAUAGGGGGCGAUGGCCAUAUCAAAUUUCGACAUCCGACGAUAGAUCCAUCAUCGGGAGUAAACAAUAACAAUGAUGAUACCGUAGUGAUGAUCUUGACAUUUUGUUUUCCUAAUGUUUUGAUGGUACGCCAUCGUCAUGAUCGAGGGGGAGGAGGAUUUUCCAGCUGCCCUGGUUUGCUGGAUGGCCUCUCUACACAGUACUCGCGGAGCGGACCUCGCUCUGCCGCCGUUAGCACUAGUCUCCUUCUAGCCAACCACAGAAAUCACUCCUAUCUGGUUACUGGUCCUCUUUUGUGCCUACCAGGUAGAGAGGUACCAAAGUAUUUGGUAUCUACUAACUACUAACUACUCAUGAAUCGUGGUAACUGGAGUGGCUGGGGUUUCGAUCUGUGCUCAAGUCUUUUUCCACCCUGAAUCUGGAUGACGCUGAGACCCUGAUCUGACAUCCUCCCACGGCCACGUCCUCCCGAGUCCCUCCACCCGGUACCGACCCAACCCAUCAAUUGACGACUACACCACGAUUACGAGUACGUACCCGCUGAACGUAUGCCCAGUCAAUCAAUUGGGAAACUGGGAUGCGCUCAUGAGAGCUUCAUUUCCUGCCCUUGUCCUGUCUUCCGGAAAACACUCUUGAGAAUCCUUCCAAG